AUGAACACCGGAAAGAGUAUGCAAGAGCCAGGGGGCUCUCCCGGAAGGAUUUCGUUGGAUCGGCGCAAUGACGACAGCGAAGAGUAUGCGGAUAUCAUUCCUCCAAGAUCGAAAAGCCAACACAGAGACAGUACCGAGCAACCAAACCUAGCGAGAUUGCCCUCGGGAGUCUUGAACUUUCAAGACGACCCUGUCUCUCGCCAGAAAUCCAAUGUAGAGGUUCCUUACGAAAUCUACGAGCGCUUUUCCAAACAUCGCAAGUACAUAAUUGUUGCUGUAAUCUCAUGGUGUGGCUUAUUGUCGCCUAUUUCCAGCACGGCAGUGCUAUCGGCGCUACCUGAAGUAGCCACGGAGUACAAGACGACCGGAGACAUAAUCAGUCUCAGCAAUGCAAUGGCCUCUGAGCCAAGUGUAUGGAAGGAAGCGAUGACCGCCUCGUUAUUUCUGGGGUGCUCUAUCGGUACUGCUCUGAGCCCAAACGUCGCCGCGUUCUUCGUAUUCCGUAUGCUCACCGCAUUUGCCGGGACCUCAUUUCUCGUCACCGGCCCUGCCGUUAUCGGUGACUUGUAUCAUCCAACUGAGCGCGCCACUGCCAUGGGAUGGUUCUUGUCUGGCACUUUGAUCGGGCCGACUAUUGGCCCAGUUCUUGGUGGUAUCAUCGUGACUUACACUUCGUGGCGCGCCAUAUUUUGGCUCCAGACUGCCCUUGCCGGCGUCGGCCUGGGAGGCGCCCUGUUCUUCAUGCCUGAUACGUUCUCAACCCACGAUUUUCUCUCACCUCCCCAGCACAAUCCGGUCUCUUCUACCUUGCCCCGGGGUGUGGGUACCUGGCUGGUACGCUCGUCGGUGGGCGCUCUUCCUGGCUGCAUGCUCAUCUACGGUUGGGCUGUUCAAGAACGUGCUGGUGGCGUUACCGUGCCUGUUAUCUUCAUGUUUCUUGGAGGAGUGUCGCAGUUAUUCUGUUUCCCGAGCCUCAACACCUACUGCCUGGAUGUGAUACAAGGACGUAGCGCGGAAGUGAUAGCAGGCAACUUCAUGAUAAGAUAUCUUUUCGGUGCCGCUGCGUCGGCCAUAGUGCUUCCAGCCAUCCAGAAGAUUGGCGUCGGUUGGUUCAGUACUAUUUCAGCAACUUUCUUGAUCAUCGGGGCAUUGGGCGUCUGGGCUGUGGCAAUAUGGGGUAGAAGUUGGCGGAAACGAACCGAUGAGAAGAUUAAUUCAUAG